CCGCGGAGCGUCUGGGUGCUGGCCGACGGACGACGGAUCUCCCAGAACUAUGCCCGAGGUCGCCGACACUUGCUCCUUGGCCUCCCCGGCCUCAGUCUGCCGAACCCAGCACCUCCAUCUGCGCUGCAGCGUGGACUUGGCUCGCCGGGUGCUGACCGGGACCGCCGCGCUCACGGUCCAGUCUCAGGAGGAUAAUCUGCGCAGCCUGACUUUGGAUACAAAAGACCUUACAAUAGAAAAAGUGGUGAUCAAUGGACAAGAAGUCAAAUACACUCUUGGAGAAAGACAAGGUUACAAAGGGUCACCGAUGGAAAUCUCUCUUCCCAUCGCGCUGAGCAAAAAUCAAGAGGUUGUUGUAGAAAUUUCCUAUGAGACCUCUCCCACAUCCUCUGCUCUUCAGUGGCUCACUCCUGAACAGACUUCUGGGAAGCAGCACCCGUACCUCUUCAGUCAGUGCCAGGCCAUCCACUGCAGAGCAGCCCUCCCGUGCCAAGACACUCCAUCUGUGAAGCUAAUCUACACCGCAGAGGUGUCUGUCCCGAAAGAACUGGUAGCUCUCAUGAGUGCAAUCCGCGACGGUGAAGGGCCUGACCCAGAAGACACCAGCAGGAAGAUAUACAGAUUCAACCAGAGGGUUCCCAUUCCGUGCUACCUGAUUGCAUUAGUUGUUGGAGCUUUGGAAAGCAGGCAAAUUGGUCCAAGAACUCUGGUGUGGUCCGAGAAGGAGCAGGUGGAAAAAUCUGCAUAUGAAUUUUCUGAGACCGAGUCUAUGCUUAAAAUUGCAAAAGAUCUGGGAGGGCCCUAUGUGUGGGGGCAGUACGACCUGUUGGUCCUGCCCCCAUCCUUCCCUUACGGCGGCAUGGAGAACCCUUGCCUUACAUUCGUGACUCCGACUCUACUGGCAGGUGACAAGUCUCUUGUUAUCGCACUCUCCAAUGUUAUCGAACAUGAAAUAUCUCACAGCUGGACAGGAAACCUAGUGACUAACAAAACUUGGGAUCACUUUUGGUUAAACGAAGGACAUACUGUCUAUUUGGAGCGUCACAUUUGCGGACGAUUGUUUGGGGAAAAGUUCAGACAUUUCCAUGCUUUGGGAGGAUGGGGAGAACUACAGAAUACGAUAAAAUCUUUUGGGGAGUCCCACCCCUUCACCAAGCUCGUGGUUGACCUGAAGGAUGUAGACUCCGAUGUAGCCUAUUCCUCCAUUCCAUGUGAGAAGGGGUUUGCCUUACUCUUCUACCUUGAGCAACUUCUUGGUGGACCAGAGGUGUUUCUGGGAUUCUUAAAGGCUUAUGUUGAGGAAUUUUCCUACAAGAGCGUAACCACUGACGACUGGAAGGAUUUCCUGUAUUCCCACUUUAACGAUAAGGUGGAUCUUCUCAAUCAAGUUGAUUGGAAUGCCUGGCUCUAUUCUCCUGGCCUGCCUCUGGUGAAACCAAAUUAUGAUAUGACUCUGACAAAUGCUUGCAUCGCCUUAAGUCAACGAUGGGUCACUGCCAAAGAGGAGGACUUAAGUUCGUUCAGCAUCUCGGACCUAGAUCUCUCGUCCCAUCAGUUGAAUGAGUUCCUGGCGCAAGUGCUUCAAAGAUGGUUACGGCUCUGUAUUCAAUUGAGAUGGGAGGAAGCCAUCCCUUUGGCUCUAAAAAUGGCAACUGAACAAGGAAGGAUGAAAUUUACUCGACCUUUAUUCAAGCAUCUUGCCGCCUUUGACAAAUCUCAUGAUCAAGCCGUCCGCACCUACCAAGAGCAUAAAGCCUGUAUGCAUCCUGUGACUGCGAUGCUGGUAGGGAAAGAUUUGAAAGCGGAUUAAGGACCUGAUUGGUGCCGAUUAUAAGAAGUGCCCCCCCU